CACACACACACACAACUCAAGCGGACAAUUAUAAAUUCUGUUGCACGACUCCAACAUUAAUACAGACAAGAAAGUGUCACUGUUGAUGCCAGUUCGUGAAAAAUUGUGUUUUUGUGAGAUAAAGGAAAAUAGAGUUGACAAGGCAAAAAUUUCCAAGUAGACGUAUAAUUGAAUUACUUGGUCGAUGUUCGUUUUAUGAACUAGCAUUACAGAAAUUUGAGUACUUUGAAGCUUUGCCAUGAUGAAAGAACCGUUUGAACAAGAUGUUCAUUUCGUUAUUCAGCCUCUACAUUUUGUGUCAAAAAUAUUUGGAUUGUGUCCUUUCCAUAUCGAUCCAAAAUUCAGGUACGAUAAUGAAAGACUGUGUAAUGUUUUACAUAACCUGUUAGCAACAUUUAUGAUUGUUAUGUUUUUUUUUGGUUUGUAUAGCACCAUGAUAUAUGCAACUGAAUUCAAUGAUCCCACAUUCAAUAUAUUCGUUCGUGUGGUUUGGGUUAUUAACAUUGUAGCUGCAUAUUCGACGAGUAUAGUGGGAUUAAUUUUUAGUGUUACAAGGAACAAGAAUCAUAUGACAGCCGUGUUAGCCAGCAUCUGCCGAGUAGACAAGAAGUUGGUGCACCGUCACAGUAAACAGAAUAUUUACACAAGCCAGAGAUCACACGUAAUGUUGCAGCUGAAGGUUACGCUUGUAACAUUAGUGACAGUUUAUUCAUUUUCUGCUUACUUAUUUUAUAAUGGCACAUGGACAAGUUUAAUGUACAUGAUUUCACAAAUGUUAAGCGCUGUCAUAAACAACGUCAAGACAUUACAGUACGUGAAUGUAAUACUGAUAGUGAAGCAGAGAUAUCAGCUUAUGAAACACUUACUGCUAAAGGAAGUCCUCGCAGACAGCUGUUCGAGAAAUCCUGGACCUUUUAAGGUCCACAACGCCAAUAAGAUAUUUCUGACGACAGAUAACUUGAAGAAUUACAAGGAUUCUAGUAACGUGUGCAGAAUCCGCGACUUGCGAAUGGUCCAUAGCGAACUCUAUGACGUGAUACACGAGAAUAACAACAGCUAUGGGAUUCUAAUCUUACUUGAGUUUAUUACUGUACUGACAAACUCUGUCGGAACAACAUAUUUCGGAGUUAUGACUAUAAAUGACACAGUUUUCAAUAAUGGUAACUUUGAAAUAUAUUUUAAAGGGAUAACUCUUCUGUCUAUGUGUACUUUUGAACUACUCGCAUUUUUUUGGCUGACGACGUGCUGUCAUUCAACUGCUGAAGAAUUCAAUGCUACGCUCAUUCAUAUACAAAAACUACUUUUGUAUCCGUAUAUAAGCACUUGGACUAUAGUGGAUCUAAAGAGUUUCUCAUCUCAACUGAAAAACGUCAAGAUUGAAUUUAAUAUUUGCGGUUUCUUCAAUUUAAAUCUGCAUUUCUUUUGUGCGAGUGUUGGUGGUAUGUUUACGUAUAUAAUAGUGUUGAGUCAGUUUAAUCAAAAAGUUUAAUCUACGUCAAUUACGUUCUGCUGUGAAUCAUGUAAAUGCACAUUAAUAUCUUUGUAAUUUUGAUUAGGAUAAAACACCUUAUGUCUGAGAGACUCCUGUGUGUUCAACUCGCUCAGUAGGGUCGGUUCACUCAGCCUGGUGGAAAAACUGGUUAUGCGGAAAACAGAAACAAUAUUUAGACUAUGAAAAAGGCCAGAUGUUAUC